GAGCAGAGCAGUGUCGGCAACUUUUGCCUGGAGAUGUUGGGGAGAACUCUCAGAAGCACACGUGCCCCUGGAGGUUUCCGGAUUUCAGCCUGCACUGGACCAGAUGUGAGGGCCAGGGCCAGGGCCAGGGCCAGGGCCGGGCAGCAGUGGCGUGCCUGCAUCCAGAUGCCUCCUAGCAGGAGGCAGAUGCCUUGCUGGGGGGCGGGCAGGUAGAGUCUGGGCACACUUAGGGGGCAGCCAUGGAAUUGCUUGGUCAGGCAUUUCUGGAGUCCAACACACCAUCUUUUGUCCGGAUGGAACUUCCCCAUAACCCAUCUUUACAAAAUAAAGAUGCCUCCUGCUUCAGGUGUGCCUCUUGUAUGGAUUUUGGGGUUGGGAGGAUGUGUGCAUGGGAAGGCGGAGGUAAAACAACCCAGCGGUGGUCAGCAAGCAAGGCUGCUGAUGUGCAAACAUGCCCAGGGCAGCUUUGAGUGUAAACCUGAAGAAAAUGGACACCUCAAACGAACGAAGUUUGUACCGUGGCCCUUUUCUUUUCCCAUGCUGCCUUUCCCAGUGAAGAACACUGGCUGACUGGCAUUUCAAGGGAAGAGAAAUGAAGACAAGGUUGCUUUGUUUGUUUGUUUUUAGUAUGCAUGACAUUUCCCUUUCUUUCUUUGACUGCAGAGAUAUAAGUAACAACAUGAUUUCUUCAUUAGAAGAUGGAAUAUUUGAUAAUUUAUUUAAUUUAAGUGAAAUAAACUUGAGUUUGAAUCCAUUUGUUUGUGACUGCAAACUUGCGUGGUUUCCCCACUGGGUGGAAGAGCGGAGCGUGAAGGUGGCGCACCCGCUGGAGACGACGUGUGCUGAGCCUCUCGAGGUGGCGGGCCUCCCUCUGCUCAACGUGUCGUUCCUUGACGUGGCUUGUGGAGCGGACUACAUCGCAUGCCUGAGGGACAACAGCACCGGCGUGGUUGAUUCCGUUGUGCGAUUCACAUCCCGCCUCCCGCAGAACCUGUCAGCCGAGGCAUGUGCUUCAUUCUGCUUUGCUGAUGGCCAGGACCACGGGGGCUUCAGCCAAGAGGCCCACUGCCUGUGCGGCGCUGCUCUGGACCCGAACGCUUCCGCUGGCUGCUGGCCAUUCUGUGCCGAGCCGUUCGCCGGACCCGUGUGUGGUGGCCCUUCCCUUGUUCCGAGCGUCUUCCCGGCGGCGCUGCCCGUUUCCUUGGUGGCACCCGACUCUCCCUGCAGCCUGUACCACGAGGUCACCUUGGCUCUCCAUGUGCCCAUUCCCGUCGGCACUGUCCAGUGGGACUUUGGGGACCGUACGGCAUUGCUGAAUACCACCAGGACGACUGUGCGUCACACAUACGCCUCCCCCGGGCACUACAAUGUCACGGCCGUGCUCUUUGUUGGCGGGCAGCUGACCUUGGCACGAGCUGCAGUCGCCGUGGUGGCCCCGCCGGCGGACGUGGAGCUUCAGUGUCCUCCUUUGGUGAAGACCAACGCGAGCUUGCAGCUGCUGGUCAGGAAUCGCGCGGGGACUGGCCUCUCUGCCACCUACAGCAUCGUGGCAGGGGACAGAGAGCCUGGCAAGGCCGUUCACCCGACUUGCCCUGCAGACGGCGUGGUCUUCCCUGGAAACAGCCACUGCUAUUGGCUGGGGGCGGAGAAAGCCGAGUGGCAGGAGGCCCAGCGGCACUGCCGGGAGCUGGGCGGCGGAGCCCUGGCCUUCGUCAGCAGCCCCGAGAUCCAGAGCUUCUUGGUCUCCCACGUCACCAGGAGCUUGGAUGUCUGGAUCGGGUUCAGCGAUGCUGCAAGUCCGAGUGCGCUGCAGCAAGAAGAAGGGUUCAACCUGCAGAGCUGCCAGAACUGGCUUCCCGGGGAGCCCCACCCGUCCAAUGCUGACCACUGUGUCCGAAUGGGCCCUGCCGGCCAGUGCAACACUGACCUGUGCAUGGCCAAGCACAGCUACGUGUGUGAGCACAGGCCCCCAGAAAUCCAUUUAAAUGCUCAGCACUUUUACCUGGGUGCUUCUGCCUUCGACAUGCCUGUGGCCAUGAGGCAUGUCACCGAAAGAGAAGAACUGUCUGCUCCAUCAAGAACCGUGGAGACGAUGGUGUUUCCCGGUUUGCACUUUCAACAGGAGAGCCUCUUAGUAGCCUUGGAGUUUGUGACCCAGCCGCUGCAUCAGACUGUCCAGGCCCGGUUUCAAGUGCAUCGACCAGCAGGGACCAAAGGGUGCAAGGUCGGGAAUGCCACCAAUCCAGCAUUGGCCUCCAAAGGGAAUGAGUCCUGGAUCCAAAGGGGCUGUCCGGAGGAGCUCCAGUGGUGUCAUUCCACCAAUACUUGCCUGCCGAUAGGAAGCUGCCCCCACCACUCAGUUGCCCACAUCUCCACCUCUGUCCCUCGCCACUGUGAAGAUCAUUUUGGGGAAGAUGGGCUGAAGGAGGUGCUUUUCUCAGUACCACCCGGUCCCUCCACACCCUACCUCCUGCUUUUCCAAAGCAAGGAGACCAUUACCAGCCCCAGCGACACCAUGAGUAUCCAGCACGAUGCGGGACCCGGAGCUUUCCUGCUCUGCCACCCGGACCAGAUGGUGCCCACCCGGAUGAACUACUUCACCCUGAACUCUUCGGACUGGGAGCCGGGCUUCCCUGCCUCCCAUGUUGCAGCCGCCUGGCAGAACGAUUCUCUGUGCCUCUUCAGAGUCCUCUCUGCGACCGAGGAGACAGUGCCUUUGAUCAGUCCGAAGAACAGAGGCGUGCAGGACUCUGGCCGCUAUGUUGUGAGGACCACUGUAGACAACGGAGUCUUCUGGACCAAUUUGUCCUGCGACUUCUGGGCUGCUUCACCCAUUUCGGGGCUCCAUGUCAUUUACCCUCGAGAGCAAGGGGGGAAAAUCUAUGUGGAAACCAAUCAGACUUGGCUGGUGGUAAAGAUCCUUUCUGGGGUGAAUGCAACCUCUGGCUGGCUCGGCGGGAGGCAGAGCUUCCCUUUCGAAAGGAGUUGCCCGCCGGCUGUCAUGCCAUUGGUGGCCGAGUGUGGCAGAGAGAGCAAUGACACCUGGUUUUCUGUCAUCGCCUUGGAGGGCAUCGGGGGGAAUGCAAGCACCGUGGUGCUGUGGGCAGAGAAUGCCGUGAGCUCGCAGAGCGUCACUGUUGUCGUAAAGGCAGAGGAAGCGAUCCGAGGCCUCCGCGCAACCCCAGACCCAGAAGCCAGAGUCCUGCUGGGUAACCAAGUGAACUAUGUCCCCAAGAUGGAUGCAGGAUCGGACGUGACCUUUAAGUGGACCGUGGAUGACAAGCCUUCCUUUUCUUUCUACAAUGAAGUGUUCAGCGUUGUUUACAACACACCAGCUACGUUCAAGCUGUCGCUCACUGCCUCCAACCACGUCAGUAACGUCACCGUGGACUACAACAUCACCGUGGACAAGAUGAACCGGAUGAAGGACCUGGUCGUUUCUGAGGUCCCACCACUCGUGCCCCAGAACAGCACCGUGGAACUGGCAGCCAGGGUGACGGUAGAUUCGGCGGUGAACGUCACGUUCUUGUGGGACUUUGGCGACGGACACCAGAGUGCCGCCCAGUUCAAGCCCCCUUACAAUGACUCGUUCCCUCGGCCAGGCCCCAGUGUCCAUCAGGUCGUGCUCGGACACAGCGUAUCGCAUCAUUACCAAGGACCAGGUGAAUAUCCCCUGACGGUUUCAGUCUCCAGUGACUCUGAGAACCUGACCUACUCGAUUCCCGUUGAAAUCUACACGUACCUGAUGGAUGUGGCCAUGGACGUGGACACCGGCAUUUUGGCGGUGGGCUACCCAGUCACGUUUGAAGCUCACCCUCUGCCGUCCAGCUACGGGGUCUCUUACACCUGGGACUUCGGGGACGGCACGCUGGCUUUCGCGGAAAGGCGGGCAACCAUCGUCCACAGCUACAGCACCAGGGGGGUGUUCAAUGUCAGUCUGACAGCCAACAACACCAUUAGUACCCUGCAGAUAGUCCAGUGCUAUCGUGUCUUUGAAGAGGUGACUGGGCUGCAGGUGAGGGUGGAUGAAGCAAUAGAGCUGCGCACACCGGUUGAGAUCAGUGCUUCCGUGGAAACGGGGGAUGACAUCGUUUGGAUUUUUGAUAUGGGCGAUGGGACCAUUGUGGAGAGUUCCAGGCCUUCUGUGCAGCACAUUUAUUUAAAAGAGAUGAACUGCACCCUAAAUGUGACCGCAGUGAACCCAGUGAACUCUGUCUCUCAGACUCUGCCUGUCCAGAUAUUUGUGCUGAUGGUUCUCAAGAUUGAGCCUUCUUCUUGCAUCCUUGAGCAGCCAGAGGUGCAACUCACAGCCUUUGUCUCCGGCAACCCUGAGGACUAUGUUUUCGACUGGACGUUUGGGGAUGGCUCAUCCAAUGUCACCGUGUACGGAGAUCCAGUGGUGGUACAUAAUUUCACCCGCAGUGGCAUCUUCUCACUGUCUUUGGUUCUCUCCAGCAAGGUCAACAAAGCCCAGUAUUACACGGUGGUCUGUGUGGAGCCAGAAAUCACCAAUGUCACCCUGUUCAUCAGGCCACAGUCUGUGAGGCUUGGCAAUGAGAGCAAGUUCCAGGUCUCUGCCUUGCCGCCUUACCACUACCGUUACUACUGGGACUUUGGGACUAACGACUCAGCCAGGUUCGGUGGGACAGAGGUCAGCUAUACCUACAAAGCGCCAGGCGUCUACUUAGUCAUGGUGACUGUCUGCAACAACGUGUCCUUCAACAACGACUCUGCUUUGGUAGAAGUCCUCGAGCCGGUCGGGCUGGCCAAGAUUGAGUCUAAUGGCUCAAAGGUUUUGGAGCUGAACCAAGUCUACAUGUUCUCUGCCAAUAUUAGUGGGACCAAGGUGAACUACAUGUGGGACUUUGGGGAUGGCACGAGCCAGCUGGGCAGGUUCAUCACCCACUCCUACAACAAGAGUGGCACCUACAGCAUCAGCCUGACAGGGUGGAAUGAGGUGAGCUUCAGCGAGGCGAGGCUGAACGUCACCGUGAAGAGGCGGCUCCAGGGCUUGUCGAUCAACGCCAGCAGGACUGUGGUGCCUCUGAAUGGUUCUGUGAGCUUCACGGCCACGCUCCUCACCGGCACUGCCCUCCGCUACUCUUGGAUCCUGUGCGACAGGUGCACCCCCAUCCCGGGCUUCUCCACCAUCUCCUACACGUUCCGCUCCAUCGGGACCUUCAACGUGAUCGUGACGGCAGAGAACGAAAUUGGGUGUCUGCAGGACAGCAUCUUCGUCCACGUCCUGCAGCAGAUCGAAGGGCUGCAGAUCACGGACGGUGACCUCCUGGACGACAUGUACUUCCCCACCAACAAGACACUCCAGCUGCAAGCGGCGGUGAGAGAUGGGACGAACAUCUCCUACAGCUGGGCCGCCAUGAAGGAAAGCCAGCCGGUGCAGGUGUCUGCUGGGAAGGUCCUCUCCCUGGUUGUUCUGGAAGCAGGGGCCUACACUAUACAUCUGAAAGCCACGAACAUGCUGGGAAGCCUGGUGGUUAACAAGACAGUGGAGUUCAUUCAGCAGGUCGGGGUCUUAAAGCUCACGGCUUCUCCCAACCCAGCUGCAGUCAAUGCUUCUGUUAACAUGAGCAGCAGCCUCACCGCCGGGACUGGCCUGGCCUACACGUGGCACAUGGAAGACGGUGUCCCGGUUGCCACUACGUCCUCGGCCAUCACACACUGCUUUCGGAGUCCUGGUGCCAAAGCAGUCACUCUUCUGGCGGAAAACAAAUUUGGUUCUGCUCACGCCACACUCCUGGUAUACAUCCAGGAGCCAGUGGUGGGCCUGAGGAUCAGGACCAUAAGGCCAAACUCCAGUUAUGUUGAGUCAGGCACUGUAGUGAACUUCUCUGGGGAGGUUGAGAGGGGGUCCAAUGUCUCCUGGACAUGGAAGAUGCUGAAUGGGUCCAUCUCGGGGCAAAGAGUGGCGCUGGCCUUUCCCAAAGCGGGGUGCUUCUUGGUGUGCCUGAACGCCUCCAACGAUGUCAGCUGGCAAGCAGCUUGCCACAGCAUGACCGUGCAAGACGCGAUCCAGGGCUUGAGGCUCAGUGCAAGCAAAGAGGUGGUGGAGCCUGGGAAGGAGGUCUCCUUUCUCAUUGGGAUAUAUUCUGGUUCCUCGGUGAGCUUCCAGGUGAGCGUUGGUGAGGACCGCUCCGUGGCGAUCAACGGUUCCGGCUUCACGUACGUGUUUGCCCAGGUCGGAGACUACUUGGUCCGGGUGACUGCGGAGAACCACGUCAGCGUGGCUUGCACAGAGGUCCUGGUGGCGGUGGAGGAGGCCAUCUGUGGCUUGCAGGUGCUGGGCUGCUGCGAGCAAGGCAUGCCCACAGGAGUGGAGGGGCACUUCGCCGCGGAAAUUGCACGUGGCUCCCGAGUGACUUACUUGUGGCAGCUCACCUUGAAGGUUGAUCAGGGGCGCUCCCAGGUGACCCUCUUGGAAGGCAAGAACAUCUCCUACACCCCAGUGGCAGCGGGGCAGCUGGACGUCCACCUCUGUGCUUUCAAUCGUCUGGGCAGCCUGAACAGAACCACAGUGGUGCAAGUCCAAGACCUCAUCAUGCAGCUUUCCCUCAUGCCUGUCGACCCCUUUGCCGGCCGGACAACUGCAUUCCAGGUGUCCGUGCUGCCCAGUGCCAGGCAUGUCGUGUUCUGGUGGAACUUUGGGGACGGUUCCCCAGCGCAAAGGACAGCUGUGGCAUCCGCCAGCCACACCUAUCUGAGGCCCGGGGAUUACCUGGUGGAGGUGAAUGCUACCAACCUCAUCAGCUUCUCCGUUGUCCAGCGGGCCGUCACCGUCCGAGUGCUGGAGUGCGAGGAGCCGGAGGCAGAGCUUGCCUUGCCUGCUCAGGUGGUCAUGAAACGGUCCCAGAAGAACUACUUGGAGGCACAAAUCGACUUGCGGGGCUGCACAAGGUACCAGACGGAGUACCUGUGGGAGAUCUACCGAGCCCCAAGCUGCCGACAGCUGGGUGCCUCUGGCAGAGUGCGCCUGCUCAAUGUGGACAUGAGCCGGCCGCAGCUCGUCAUCCCCCGGCUGGCUUUGGAGCUCGGCAGCCACUGCUUCAAGUUCCUGGUCUCCUUUGGAGACACACCGCUAUCCAAGAGCAUUUUUGCGAACGUGACCGUCUUGCCCAGCAAACUGGUGCCCAUCAUAGACGGAGGAUCGUACCGUGUGUGGUCCAGCACCCGUGACCUGCUCUUGGAUGGCGAGAAAUCCUAUGACCCUAACCUGGAAGUUGCGGACCAGACGCCUCUGCACUGCCAGUGGUCUUGCGUGUCUUCCUCCAAGAGCUCAUCUUCGGGGUGCGCUCUGAACUUCAGUGCCACAGGGGGUGUCGUCACUGUCUCUCGAGCCAUCCUAGAGGCAGAUGUGGAGUACACGUUCGAGCUCAAAGUCCAGAAGGCUGGGAUGUGUCCGGAAUCUACCCACCAAACGGUGCUAGUGAAGAAGGGGACGGUGCCCAUCGUCUCCCUGGAGUGCGUGUCCUGCAAGGCCCAGUCUGUCUACGAGGUCAGCCGGAGCAGCUAUGUCUACCUGGAAGGAACUUGUGCAAACUGCCAAAACAACUCCAAACUGGGGAGAUGGGCAGCACAGAGCUUCAAAAAUAAAACCCUUGUCUUGAACAAGGCAACCACCUCCACGGGCGACACGGGCAUGAACCUGGUCCUGAGGCCGUGGGCCCUGAAGGAUGGCGAGGGCUACACCUUCACGCUGCACAUCACUGACCAGGCCACCGGGGAGGAAGGCUACGCCUCCAUCGACCUGUUUCCUAACCAGCCGCCUGCCGGGGGGUCUUGCCGCGUGACUCCGCUGGGCCCUGUCCAGGCCUUGACCACAAAGAUCCAUUUUGAGUGCACAGGCUGGAGCGAUGCGGAGGCCGCGAACACCCCGCUGGUGUAUGUCCUCCUGCUGAGUCGCUGCCGCGCUGGCCACUACGAAGAAUUCUGGGUGUACAAAGGAGGCCACUCCGAACAUGCGGCCUUCCUGCCUCCCGGCUUCCAGGAGAGCAGCUUCCGGGUGUCCGUCUCGGUGCUCGUGCAGGACCACCUGGGAGCAACAGUUGUGGCCGUCAACAGGUCCAUGGUGAUCACGCUGCCCAGCGCCCCGGGGGGCUUCCGCAGCCUCCCGCAGUGGCUCUAUGGCCAGACAGAGGUGGUGCUCCAGGGCCUGGUGAAGCAGGGAGACCCGCAGCAGGUCACCGAGUACUCGCUGGCUCUCAUCACCAUCCUGAACGAGUACGAGUGUUCCGCGCGCGCGAGCCAGCGGGUGGACCACGAGGACCGGCUGCGGGCCUGGACACGCAGGAAUAUCACCGAGACGCUGAUCGCCCUCAACGUGAACACGGUGGAUGACAUCCAGCAGAUCACGGCUGCCCUGGCGCAGUGCACGGUAGCCAGCAAGGAGCUGGUGUGCCGAGACUGCCUGACGAACACGUUGAAGAAGCUGGAAAGUAUGAUGGACAUUCUUCAGGGAGAGACCAUGCAGGGGACCAUGACGCCGACCGCCAUCGCAGACAACAUCCUCAACAUCAUGGGGGAUCUGAUCCACCUUGUCAACACUGUUUCCCAGGAGUCCGAGUCGCAGAAGCCGCACGGUGGUCAGAACCACAUCCAGGUGGCUUCCAAAGCUUACGCUCUGUCCACGAACCUCAUGCGCAUCCUCAUGAAGUCUCGGGUCCUCAACGAAGAGCCCCUCGAGCUGGUGGGCAGCAACAUCACGGCCACGGGCAAACGGGCCGGCCCACUGGGCCUCCUUUGCUACGAGGACAACCCGGACUGCCAGUUUUCCAUGCCUCCCGCUUUCAACGCAACCUUUUCUGACCUGACGGAUGUGGUCCAGGUCAUGAUCCGGGUGGACUACAACCCCUUCCCCUUUGGCUACAUCGCAAACUACAGCGUUUCCUCUGAGGUGGCAUCGAUGGCGUUCCAGAACAGCAACGGAACGGAGAUACCGGUGGGGAGCCUGGACUCGGAGAAGGCCAUCACUGUGAUGGUGCUGAACCCUGAUCCAAAGGACGUCACUGUGGGAACCGCUGUGAUUGAGGAGAGGGGUUCUGUGAAUGUGGCAGUGACCGGCUUGAGCAGGGACGCGGAGGCAGGGCUGUUUUUCCAGGUCACCUUCCGUGUUGUCAACGGCCGCUACCUCUCCAGUGAGCCGGAGCCAUUCGUUGCUGUCUGUCUUUUCCGCCCCUCCGAGCACAACUGCACGGCCUUCAGGGAGAUCCGCCUGGAGGACAUGCACGGGAAGGCAGAGCGGGACCAUCGGCGCGACACCUUCUUCCUCUCCCCCGCCACUGAUGUGGCGGAGAGAGACUAUUCCUUGAACAUCACCAACCACUUUGUCUGGUCACCGGUGGAGGUGACGCUGGGCCUGUACGGCUCCCUGUGCCAGUACUUCAACGAGCAAGAGAACCGCUGGAAGACGGAGGGCAUGGCUCCCUUGGAGGGGACCACCCCCAGCAAAGCCGUGUGCCUGACCCAGCACCUCACCGCCUUUGGCGCGAGCCUCUUCGUCCCCCCGCACUCCGUGCAGUUCGUGCGGCUGCCUCCCGUCCCCAGACUCAACUACGUGGUGCUGCUGACCUGCGCCAUCUGUUUUGUGACCUACACCGUGGCCGCCAUGAUCGUGCACAAGCUGGACGUCAUCGACAUCCACCGAGUGGGCGUGAUUCCUUUCUGUGGGAGAAAUGGGCUGUACAAGUAUGAGAUCCUGGUGAAAACAGGCUGGUGCCAGGGGGCAGGGACAACUGCACAUGUGGGCAUCAUGCUUUACGGGGUGGACAGCAAGUCUGGGCACAGGCAUCUGGACGGCAAGCACGCCUUCCACCGCAACAGCCUCGACAUCUUCCGGAUCGCCACGGAACGGAGCCUGGGCAGCGUGUGGAAAAUUCGCAUCUGGCAUGACAAUAAAGGACUAAAUCCAUCAUGGUACUUGCAGCAUGUCAUUGUCCGAGACCUGCAGACCUGUAAGAACUAUCACUUUUUGGUGAACGACUGGCUGUCGGUGGAAAGUGAGGAGAGCAGUGGCCUGGUGGAGAAGGAGGUCGUGGCUGCUACCGAGGCCGACCUGCGAAGCUUCCUGCGCAUCUUCCUUGGCGAGCUGCAGCGCGGGUUCUUCGAGAAGCACGUCUGGCUCUCGCUGUGGGACCGGCCUCCUCGCAGCCGCUUCACCCGCGUCCAGAGAGCCUCCUGCUGCUGCGUCCUCAUCUUCCUCUUCCUCUGCGCCAAUGCCGUGUGGUACGGGGUGGUGGGAGACAGCAACUUCAGCCACGUGCCCAUUUCCACCUUGAUCCCAGUGAGCAGUGAGACAGUUGCUGUCGGUCUGGUGUCCAGUCUGGUGGCCUAUCCCCUGUACCUGGCUCUUCUUUUCCUCUUCCGGAUGGCACGCAGCAAGGUGUCUGUCAGCCAGUCCCUGGCCCAUCUGGACCAGCAGUCCUUAGAAAUCGACAACUAUGUGGACUCGUCGCUCCGGGAGAGUUCCUUCCUUGCCUUCCCUGGGCUUCGGAUGGAGGCAUUUUCAGAGCAAACCAAAACAGACCUGCUCCAGGAUGAUUCCAAGAGCCUGACCCGGGGGCACUCCAGCGAGGCCCUGCUCAGCUGGCCUGACCUGCUGAGCAACCCCUCCAUAAUGGACAGCACCAUCCAGAGGCUGAAGCGGGGGAGGACCAGCCGCCACCUGGGCUUCGAGGCUCCUCUCGCUGCGGAGGAGGACCGCUUGUCCCUCGGGCUCCCGCAGGCUCCGGCACGGUGUUUCUCGGCCUCAGAUGAAGACCUGAUCCGGCAAAUCCUCGCUGAAGGAGUGGGCAGCCUCUCUCAUCCCCAGGAUAUGGGACAGUAUCCCAAGGCCGAAACGGACCUCAUCUCAGGGCUAUCCAGCAUGUUUGGGGAGAAGACGGAGGCGAUCAUGCUGCAGAGGCUGAAUGAGAAAGGGCAGCCCCUGGGCAUGAGCAAGGAGCCCAACCGCCCGGCCAGAGCUGGGCAAGCAGUUACGGACGGCUGUGCCCGGAAGCAGCUGCUGCCUUUCUGGUGCUCCCGCCUGGCCCACGGCCUCAGCUUUGCCCUCCUUGUCAUCUGCUUUGGGGUCUCCGCGUGGAUCGGGGUGGGCUUCACUGCCAGCGUGGCCCUCAUGUGGCUUAUCUCAGGGGUGUUCAGCUUCCUCUCCUCCUUUGUGCUCUGGGAACCCCUCAAGGUUCUCCUGGAAGCCCUGUACUUCGCCCUGGUAGCCAAGCGCUUGCACCCCGAGGAAGACGACACCCUGGUGGAGCACCCCUUGGUCGAGCCCGUGUCGGAGAAGAUCGGCAAGGUCCGGCCGCCUCAGGGAUUUGCCCUCUUCCAGGCCAAGGAGGAAGCCCGGAAAGUGAAGCUUCUGCACAGACUGCUCAAGAACUUCCUGGUCUACAUGUUGCUCCUCCUGGUGAUCCUCCUUGCCAACUACGGGGAACCGUCGCAGAGCAGCCGGGCGUUCCUUCUGCAGAGCUCCGUCAAGCGGCAGCUGCGGAGCGAAGAGUUCCUGCGCAUCCAGAGGGCAGAGGACUUCUGGGGGUGGCUCUCCGGGGGGCUGUUGCCCUACCUGCACAAGAACCCGCCCGGCUGGGGAAGGUGCGGCGCCACGCUGGGGCCGGCCCGGCUGCGGCAAGUUCGCCUGAAGGAAGGGUGCCCAGGCCCCGCUGGCCACGUCCUCGCCGGGACUGGCCCCUCUGCGUCUCGGGAGCAGUGCACGCUCGGCUCGGGCGGAUUCGACACGGCCAGUUACGCCGUCGGCUGGAAGAGCAGUUUCAGCAACGGCACAGAGUUGUGGACCUACUCCCCCCCUGAUCUUGCCGGAGCCUGGUACUGGGGAUACCUGUCCUCCUAUGAUGGCGGUGGCUACAUCCAGGAGCUGGGCACGAGCGUGGAAGAAGGCCGCGCCCACCUGGACGCCCUCCGGCAGCACAGCUGGAUCGACAACAGGAGCCGUGCCGUCUUCGUCGAGCUCACCCAGUACAACCCGGGCCUGGGUCUCCACGCUGUCAUCACUCUGCGGCUGGAGUUCCCCGUGGCCAAGCGUGCCUUGCCGGCCGUGGCCGUGACCGCGCUGCCCCUGGCCCCUCUCGGCCAGGCGGCCACGCUGCAGCUCGCCAUGAUGGUCUUCCUCAUGGUUGUGGUUGUCUACUUCGUGGUUGCCGAGUCCCUCGCCAUGAAGAGGGCGGGCAGGGCCUACUUCGCGCGUGUGGGGAGCUACGGGCAGUGGCUGCUCAUUCUGGCCGCCACCUGCACGGGCGUCGUGCACCUCAGCCAGGUGGCCCUGGCCAGCCAGCAGUGGGCCAGGUACCUGCAGGACCGACGGAGGUUCACCAGCUUCUACCCCGUGGCUGCUCUGCACACGGCCUCGGGCAGCCUGGCCGCCUGCCUUCUCUUCCUGCUGACCAUCAAGGCCGCCCAGCAGCUGCGCUUCAUCCGACAGUGGUCCACAUUUGGCAAAACACUGCGGAGGGCUGCAAAGGAGCUCUUGGCCGCAGCGGUGGCCUUCGUGAUCCUCACACUGGCCUAUGGACAGCUUGGCUUUCUGCUCUUCUCUUCCCGCUCCGAGUCCUUCCGCAGCUUCUUCCACGUGCUCCAGGUGCUCUUCACCGCCCUCCGCGGGGGCCUGAGGCUGCAGUUCUGCCUUCCUGAGCCGGUGGGGCUCUCCCACCUCUUCUGCGUCAGCUACAUCCUGCUGGAGCUGUGGGUGGUGCUGCGCCUCUUCGCCGCCGUCCUCAUCCACCAUCACCGUGAGACCCGCUUCGAGAUGUACCGGCCGGCCGUCGAGUCCCAGGACUACGAGAUGGUCGAACUGUUCGUUCGCAGGCUCAAGAUGUGGCUGGGAUUUAGCAAAGCCAAAGAGUUCCGCCACAAGGUGCGCUUCGAAGGGAUGGAGCCGCUGCCCUCCCGCUCCUCCAGCCAGGACUCCCAGUCGCUGCAGGGCCCCACCCCCAGCGCCACCUCGGACAGUUCUCGCGCCUCCACUUCCUCCGGCCAGCUGGAGGGGCUCAGCCUGGCCUCCAGUCCCUGGGACGGCUCCGAAAUGGACGCUGAAGUCCAGCGCCUCCUCUCCCUCUUCGAGACGCUGCUCGCCCGCUUUGACCGGCUCGGUGCAGCUACGGAGGAGGUGUACGACCUCGAGUGCCAGCUUGCAGGCAUGCACAGCUGGUGGGCCAAGAAGAGGGGUGGGCAGGGGGCAGGCGAGGCAGCGAGGCUCGGGACCCCAGCCCAGGCUGCUCUGGCCCCCACCAGCAACAGCCCCCGCCCGCUCUCCCAGCCCGUGAGAAACUCUGGGCUGGCCAGGACAGGCCUCGGCCAGGGCACUCUGCUGGCUCCUCCAAAGACGCACGCCUUGCUCAUGCCACGAGCCAGAAAGAAGAAACCGUUACGGGCCAACAACCGGGUCCAUCCCAGCGGUCAAUAACCGCAGCACUCGGAUGCGAUCGGUUUAAGCGAGGCUUCUCCCGUCUCCAGCUCUGGUGCCGAAAGCAGCCACGUGCUGGGUAGGAACAGCGUCUUCAUCAGCUCGGUGCCAAUGGAUUUAAAGGAGGGAACGUGGCUGCUGCUUGGAGCCGUUGGGGCUCCUCAUCAUCACAGCAUCUUCCGCUUCCCUGCCUGGCGGCACAGCAGCCCUUUUCCAGUACUGUGGCUUCCUCCAAAAAAAAGGGGGGAAAAAGCCCCUGCUGUGUUGCACAGGGAUGGAGGAAAGCCAGAAAAGGCGGGCGCGUGGCUUUUGCCUCGGCAGCCCUUAGGGGGAAGCCAAGGCUGUCUUGAUCAGGGCAGUUACAAAACGGCGAGGAAGGAGGCGCACCAGGAAAUAAAGCCAGCUUCUCUGGGAAGAGGAGAGGACGGGUGGACCUGUGUGGGGUCUGAUGGAGCUCCAAAGUGUCUGCGGAUUUUGCAGACAUGGUGCAUUGGAGGAAGAACUAAGCACCUCCCUGGCCACCUCCUCCAGAACAUCACCUUCACCAUAUUCAGAAGAAAUGCAACAUGGUGUUGGCCCGAGACUCUGCAAGCAAGCAGGAAAAGGCCGAAGGUUGGAUGAGGCCCCCAACACGCCAGUCUCGAGGAUGGUGGCCACACUUUGGAGGGGGCCGAGAAUGGCUGGUUUCCAGCACCUAUUUUGGAAACGGGGCGGGCGGUGGGGGAGUUGCUAUUUGGAUAGAGAGCCCUGUGAGCUGGUUUUAUGGGGUUCCCAGUCCAGCAUGUUUUUUCCCCCGUGGAAGCAACUGCAUGGGCGAGUGUGUGUUGAGCUGGUUGCUCCAGUAUGGGGAAUAUUGAUUGAGUAUAUCUUAUGUCUGGGGGUGUGUGUGUGUACAUCUGUGUUUAUCUAUUAUUUAUAUAUGGUUUACUAUUUGUAUUUACUGCCCAGCACUUUAAUCAACGCUUGCCUUAGCUAACAGUGACACAUGCAACUUUUAAAUAAGAACAGGAUAAUAUAUCAGGAAAGCAGUAUUGUUUGUGAACCAUAAUUUGAAACAGGCCACUGGAAUAUGACCACAGACAUGCCACCUGAUGCUGUCUUACUGGAAGGUACCCCAAUGUGUCAAGUUCCACCCAGCAAGUUUACAGUUCUGGAAAAGUGCCUGGCCUCUUAACAGCAGGAGAGGUGAAAAUUUUAGUUCAUGGAUUUUCAUUAGUGCCUAUAGCUAGCUCUCCAACUUAGACAAGCAAUGCGCUCAAAUGCUAAGGGCUUAGAAGCAGAGCAGUCAAAUUAAUUGAAUUUGGCUUCAAAUCAUGGUCUGUAGUCUCAGAAGCAGCACCUCAUCCCCCUUAUAGCCAGUAUUCCUCCCAAAUCAGUUUAGGCUCCACAUCUGCCCCCCACCCCAGGAAACUUCACAUUAAUUUGUACUACAAGCAGAAAGGCAUGUCCGAAAGGUUACAGGGCUGCCAGCCCUACUUGAUAGUAGCAGCUAGUGAAACCAUGCACCUGAGUGCUGCGGAAUGCAAUACCGGCAGCAUCUGGAGUGCCAUUAAGUUGUCCUUUUUACACAAGAAAAGGGGCUUUUGAGGUUAGGGGAGCAGUCCCUAGCCUAUAGAUUAAUACUAGCUUACUUAAUACUAAUUUUCAAGCCUGCCCCAUCCCCGCCUCCCCUUUGAAUGAAUGACGACAGCCUCCCCUUGAAAGCUGCAGCGGGUCUGUACGUUUUCGGGAACCUCAGCUACCCUUCAUUAAGCUGUUACCCUUCCCAUUCGCUCUGGCAUGCCUCUUGUCUUCAUAUUCCAUGGGCCAGUUUAAUGUUAUGUAUAUUGUAAGUAAUUUAUAUGGGAUUUUUACAAGAAGAAAAAUGUAUAUUUUUCUAUGUUUGCUAUAUUUUUAUAGCAUUGGUACUGUGCUCUACAUGUGUAGAUAGGAGUUAUUUAAAAAAGUGUGUUAAAAGCCUUCCUGCUAAAAUGUAUAGAGGUGCGUCGCCAAAGUAUCAGGAGUAUGGGAUUUGUGCCAAAGGAAGUCUGGGAGAUAUAUACAUUCCCCAUAUCCAGGGCAGGGGGCAGGAACUCCCCGCAAUGCACUAGCCAUAUUUUCUCCCAAGACUUUGCUAAGAAGUCUAAAAGGAACCCGGCUAUCAAGGCACCGUUUCUGGGUUUCCACAAGUGCCAUUUCAGAAUGUUGCCUGCCUACACACAUCUCCAGCUUCACUGGUGAUUUAAAAUGUAGAGAGAUCUUUUUUCGUGAAAGAUUUUUUUUUAAUUGCUGUUCUUUGGCUGUAACCAUUAUCCUAAAAUUGGGAAAAGAUGGUUACAUGCAUGUUUUUAUUAAAAUUGAAUUAUUUAUAUGGAUGCUGUUUUUGAAUAAAAUCUCUUUUUAAUAGUAUUCCCAGCUGCUCUAGCAUCAGGUAGAAAGAGAAGAGGGAAAUGUACUUGCUUCGUCCUGUGAUAGAAACAGGAAAGAUUAUUAGGUGGUAGGGAAAAUGAGUGGAUUGAAAAAAGGGAUUUGGAUUAAAUUUGCCAGGAGAAGGCCUUUAGGAGAGGUUUUUCCACAGCCUUCUGCCAUCUGAGGGCAAAUUGCACACUUUUGGCCUAAUAACAAGCUGGGCAGCCCUCCUCCCUCUUUUGUUGACCAGUACAGCAAAUUUAAGGAAAACCGGUACAAAUGUGGGCAAGAGCAGGCCUCGGCUGCCACGAGAGAAGAAGAAAUUGUUGGCUUUAAAGAAUAUAGCCUAAAAUAUGUGCAUGGCAAGUAACUGAAGCAAGCAAAAGAUGGAUAUGGCUUGAAUCCGAUGAAGGUUUUUUGCACUUGUUAGUCAGUUAAAUUAAAAGUUCUCAAUGUUUGUUUUAAUGAAGGUAUUUGCAGAGCUGCCCGAGUCAAGCCUGGGAAGCAGGUGGCUUAGCAAAUUAGCUGUGCUUUUAUGCUACGGGUCCUUGCCCUCCUCCUCAGGAGGAGACACUCUGGCGCAUGAACAAUACGAAGAGCGGCAAGGAUGGACCUGUUUUGGAGGAAGUUGGUACACUCAGUGGAGCAGAAUGUCCCUGCUGCUUUGCUACAGACUAAGCCUAAUUAAGCAUGGGGUGGAUAUGCCGCUCCCCAUGAGCAGCAAGCCCAAGCCACGUCCUACCUGCUCAACCAGUUCUUGAAUGUAUAUUUUGGCCUUCACUCACAGCUAGAUGGUUUAUUUAUUGUUGCUUCCAACCCCACACCGUGAUGUGCUUUUUAGUAAAGAACUCAAUCAGCUAGACAGAUGAGCACCCCCUCCCCUCAAAAAAGCCUCUUUCGAGGUGGGUAGCUUUAUGAAGGCUUCCUGCAGUAAUGGCAGAACACGUGCUUGAUGGUGGUAACACUUGCAAACUAUUUUCUUUUGUAAUGAUGAAAAAAAUUGACAAAGUCAAAUUAAAAGAGGUAAUGGACGGCUAAA